AUGGCUUUGAAGCUACUGUUUAUUUGUUUCGUGGCGGUGGUUAUACAACAAGUGCGGCCUAUAAAAGUGCCAAUCUUAGGCGACGUGCUCAAUGGGCUAGCGAAUGUUUUCAAUUUGAACCAGACGCCCGUAAACGAAGAUGUGAACUUGAAUAUAACGCAAUUGGCGGCGAAAUAUAAUUACUCGAUGGAAGAUCACAAAGUUACUACGGAGGAUGGGUACAUCUUGACCGUUCAUAGAUUGGGUGAGCGUCGCGGCGUCCCCAUACUAUUGAUGCACGGUCUUUUAGACUCAUCUGAUAGUUGGCUAUUGCAAGGCCCGAACAACUCUUUGGGUUAUCUAUUAGCGGAAGCAGGCUUCGACGUGUGGAUGGGAAAUGCGAGAGGGAACAAGUAUUCAUUUUCGCAUAUAAAACUAAACGCACGCGACGAACGUUUCUGGAACUUUACAUGGGAACAAAUCGGAUUGUACGAUCUACCGGCAACCGUGGACUAUAUUUUGAACGAGACCAAUUCAAAGGAGCUGUACUAUGUCGGCUUUUCGCAGGGAACCACCACUUUCUACGUUAUGAACGCAUUAAAACCGGAAUACAGUAAAAAGGUGAAGAUGAUGUUCUCACUGGCGCCAGUCGCUUGGCUGAGGAACAUUCGGGAACCGUUGUUGAAAUAUAUGUCCAGACUAGUCGGAUACGCGCCGUCUUACAAUCUGUACACGUCGAGUAAGGAGUUUUUCACCAGGGUUUGUGGUAUAUUUUCGAACAGAUGCAGCGGUGUAACAGACAUAUUCACGAGUACAGCUGGCUUAGUGGACAAAGACAUAAUGCCCGUUAUUUUUAGCCACUAUCCAACGACCGCGUCUGCUUUGCAGUUCAUUCAUUACGCGCAAUUGAUCAACUCGGGCCGGUUUUGCAGGUUCGAUUAUGGGAAAGAAAAUAUGGCUGAAUACGGCACGGUUCUGCCUCCGGAAUAUGAUUUAAGUGAAUUGACUACUCCAGUGGUUUUGUAUUACAGUAAUGGUGACUCGCUGUCGACUAUUUUGGACGUUUUAAAUUUAGGACGUCACUUGCCAAAUGUCUAUAAGACAAAUAUUAUUAGAAAUAUCAGUCAUAUGGACUUUAUAUAUGCCACGAUCGCUAAGGAGAAGAUAUACAAAGAUAUUAUAAUGCAUAUUAGGCAGUUAGAGAAAAACUAA